AUGAAAGAAUUAUAUGACCUUGCACCAGUAAAGAUUUUACCAGAAGCAUAUCACAGAACACAAAAUGAAGGUAUUUUAAUAGAAAAGAAAAAGAAAUUUAUAAAAGAAAUAAAUAAAUUAAUUUCGGUUGGUGUAAAUGUAUUAUGUGGUCGUUGCAAGAAAGAGUUAAUUGGACAAAUAGCAUACAGCGAUAUAAAAGAAAAAACUAGAGAGCUUAAUAAAACAUGUACCCAGGGAAUAAUAGAUAAAAUAGCAAAUAUAGUUAAAGGUGACGAGCUAUCAGUAGAUAUAAUAAAGUAUAAUGGUGAGAUAUGCUUAAUUAGUUGCUGUCAAAGUUGUGCUGAAGGGGAAAUUUGCAAAUACAAUAGUUUUACAUUAGGCUCCGCUUAUAUUCAUCGAGUUCAAAAUGGAAGAAGACACUCAGUUGUAAAUUUCUCGAUCCUCAAUAACUAUGCAUUAAAAAAAAAAUCAGAAAAGGGUGAAUAUUAUAUAGAAAUACAAUUAAUAAUAUAUGCACAUCAUAUUACCACAAAUCAAUCCUUCAAAGAUGGUGUAAAUAGUUUAUUUUGCUUUAAAAAUUGGUUUAUAGAUUUGCACGAUAUUGGUUCAGAAGCAGUCCAUCUUAAAAAAGAAAUAACCAGCAACUUUAUAAAAUAUUAUAAUUCAAAAAGACUAUCUGAAGGUUUACAAAUGGAAGAGUUUGCCGUAGAAGAGGUAAAAAAAUUUCAUGGUUCCAUUCAAUUCCCAAGAGUUCUCAAAUAUUUAUUUACAAAUUAUGAAAAUGCAAAAGCAAAAAUUAUAAAUUUAAAACCCAAACCAUCGGAAAUUUCUUUUAUUGAUGAUUUUAAAAAGGUUUUAAAAGAUUAUUUAGCCUAUAUUGGUUUAUUUAUUUCAGAAGGUGAAAAGUAUUUUUCUUUAUCAUAA